AUGAGGAGUAUCAAAUGUGUUGUUGUUGGCGAUGGUGCCGUUGGUAAAACCUGUCUUUUGAUAUCCUACACCACCAAUACUUUCCCCCACGACUACAUCCCUACUGUCUUCGAUAAUUACUCUGCUAAUGUCAUGGUCGAUGGCCAACCAAUCAAAUUAGGCCUAUGGGAUACUGCUGGUCAAGAGGAGUACGACAGAUUAAGACCCUUAUCCUAUCCUCAAACUGAAGUCUUUCUCAUUUGUUUUUCAAUUGUCGAGCCUUCCUCCUUUGCCAAUGUCAAAGCAAAAUGGAUUCCAGAAAUCAGACAACACUCAACAAAAGAUAUCUCCAUAUUGUUGGUUGGUACCAAAUUGGAUCUCAGAGAAGACCCUCACACCUUGGACAGAUUGAGAGAGCAUGGCAACUCCCCCAUCUCCACCCAAGAAGGCCAAAAAUGCUCCAAAGAGUUGGGCUGCGUUGAGUACUUGGAGUGUUCUGCUGCAACUCAACAAGGUGUCAAAGAUGUUUUUGAUGCCGCCAUCAAAGCUGUUAUAGACCCUCCCAACGCUUAUGACGACACCUACAACAACAAUAACAACAACAACAACGACUUUAACAGCAAUUACAAUAACAAUAACCAAAACAACCUGAACCAACAAAAUGGUCAAUCCCAAAAUAACUCCAAAUUAAAUUCAAGAAGCUCCCACCGUAGAUCCAGAAAGAAGCCAAAAUGUACUAUUUUAUAA